CAAAAGUAUAAAUACAGGUCUUUAAUUAAUCAGGUGGGGCUGAGUCGAAAUGAUCGAAUAUUAACCACGUUCUUAUGUGCUGGACGAAUACGACAAGUUUCUGCUAACUCGAAAACCAUGGCACCGCUAGUCUAUAUAAAACCAGAUUGGAAAAAGUGAUGAUGCAGCGUGAGGGUGGGGGUGGCCUGAUUUAUUAAGAAGGAGUCAGCGGUGAAAAUAUGGUAUAUAAGUUAGUGGAUGGUUGGGUACUUUAGUCAGAGUCUCUCUUUCAUUGCGACGCAUCGAACGUGUUAAGUGAAUACUGUGUUCUCCGUGCAGCUCAGAAUGGCGUCAAACUAUCCUGGUUUAUCAGAUCACACUCUGAACUCUGUGGCACACCUCACCAACGAAGAGAUUGCCCAAAUGUUGUGUUGGAAUGUUGAUCCGGUGAAAAUUACAUGCGCUGAACCUCUAUCUGAUGCGGUUGUUGAUGUGCCAACUUCACCGGAGCCUAAGGUGCCUAAGGCGAAAAGAAAAUGUACUCGGGUUGUUAAGAAUCCAAUUCUUCCUGCUACUCGAACUACUAAGAAUCCGAUUUCCUCUGCUGCUAAGAAGAAACGUGUAUCUAAAGAUAAAUCAAUGAGUUUGAAAGCCUGUAGAAGUGAGGCUCGUGUAGCAAGUGUAUUUAAAAGUAUUGGAGAUAUUUGUGUUAAAAUGGCUCAGAUUUGUAAUGAGUCAACCUCAUCCUGAGAUGUAUAAAAUAAUAAAGUUUUGUCAUUUAAAUAUUGCAUUGAUUUGACAUAUCUAUCCUGUGAUAUCUGGUAGCGGAGAAAAAUAACAGUACAACAACGCAAAAGUAUACCCAUUUUAACUAAUGAUUUAUUUAUUUAUCAGGUUGAUGAGAAACAUACAUCAAAGGCAGGGCCUUUCAUCCCCUUAUACAAAAAAAACAAAGGGCACCCUGCUGAUGCCAUCGUAUUCAUACCCUCCAACUGUUCAUCUGACAUUCUUGCCAGACGUGUAGGUAGAACAAUGAAAAUGGCCUCCCCACCGCCGCCUGGUAACAGUAGUUCUAGCUUUACCUUCGAACCGUACUGUGUAGCGAUCCUCUGUGCCAGCCGCACCUCGUAAUUCACGUUCAGCAUCAAGUCUCGGAUACUCGUGAAUUCGGGCGCAACGGCUAUGCCGUUCAGCGCAUCAACAACCGCGUUAAACUGUACGGGGUUUUCCUGUGCCAUCUUGAUAGCAAUCUGAAAAGAAAAGAAAAAAAAAAUAAUUAAAAUAAGUAUUGACGUACGAAGUAUAGGAGUAUUGAGGGGUAUAGACGGGGUGGUUGACUUACCUCUCUAAGAUUCUCAAAAGUCCAGAACGUAGGAUCCACCUUGAAGUUGAAACUACGAGGAGUAGCACGUGUCUGUAAAACAAAACAAG